UGUGAUGAAAACAACGAUUAGUAACGUGAUUUAACCCGUUCAGUACCACGUAGUAGAUAAUUUAAUAACAAAAGUGUGUGCAGGAUUUCUUAUCUUCUCUUGGCUUUUCGGAUACAGUGUCUGCAAAGCACCCGAAAUGGAUCGUCGAUGACUGUUGUGGCCCUUCAGCUGUUCCUUGGAAUCAGCCGUGAUUACUUCGUGGGCGAAUCGAGACUCAGGAUGCUUCUCUUGGUCAUCUGUCUCUUCUGUUUCUGCGGAGCAGGCGCCAUUGACAUAUCUCAGUGCAUCGCCCCGCUGGGAAUGGAGUCUGGGAUCAUUCCUGACGCCGAUAUAACGGCCAGCUCCAGUUUCGACAGUGGAAACGUCGGCCCGCAUCGUGGACGGUUGCGUCAGGAGAUCUUGGGCGGUGCCUGGUGCCCCAAACAGCAGAUCACAACGGACUCCAAAGAGUGGCUUGAGAUCAACCUUCACACUGUACACAUGAUCACAGCGACCAGCACUCAAGGCCGUUUUGGAAAUGGACAAGGUGUCGAAUUCGCCGAAAACUACGUCCUCGACUACUGGAGACCGCGACUUGGGAAAUGGGUCCGUUACAGGAGCGCUCAAGGAGACGAGGUGAUAACAGGAAACACCAACACCUAUCUAGAGUCCAAGCGCGAACUGGAACCGCCGAUCUGGGCCAGCAAGCUGCGCUUUUUGCCUUACAGCUACCACCGGCGAACGGUCUGCAUGCGCGUCGAAAUCUAUGGAUGUCCAUGGAACGACGGUAUCGUAUCGUACUCCAUGCCUCAGGGUGACAAACGGGGAAACUUGGAGUUCUUCGACGCCACUUACGACGGCCAUUGGGACGGAGUCCAACUGCUCCGAGGUCUUGGUCAACUUACCGACGGACGAACCGGAGCCGACAAGAUCAGGAUGGGGUACUAUGACGAUCGAAGACAGGGUUGGGUCGGGUGGAAGAACGACACCAGAUCUGGGCACCCCGUUGAAAUCAGGUUCGAGUUCGACCAGGUCCGGGAAUUUUCCGCUGUCCAUAUCUACUGCAACAACCAGUUCACCAAGGAUGUUCAGAUCUUCUCCGAGGUCAGCGUGCUCUUCAGCAUCGGUGGAAAGUACUACACCGGUGAUACGAUAGUAUGGGCAUCGAUGGAGGACAAGAUAUUCGAGACAUCGAGGAACAUGACGGUCAAGCUUCACCAUCGAGUUGGGAAAUUCGUCAAGCUCAGAUUCUCCUUCGCCGCUAAGUGGAUGAUGCUUAGCGAGAUUACCUUCGAUUCCGACGUCGCCCACGGCAACUUCACUCCGGAACCACCACCGCCCACGGAGCCCACGCCGCCUCUUCUCCGCGGGAAUUCCGCGCGGGACGUGCCGCCCCAGGUCGAGGUUCCAGUUUCGACCGCAAAGCAGGACGACCCCACCUACAUGGCGGUGAUCAUCGGCGUUCUAACCGCCGUGAUCCUGCUCCUGGCGGUGGCGAUAUUUCUCAUAGUAUCGCGGCACCGUCAACGCAAAAACUUCGCCAGCCCCCUCGGAGCCAAGAGCUCGAUUCCCUCGGGAAACCAGCACCUUUCUCCCGAGUCUGCCUACGGCACCACCGAGAAGGAUCCCUCCCUCAUGACCUACAGGGUCGAGGAAGUCUACGACAGGUACUCUUCCGGCGGCAAGCUUACCACUCUGCCACGGGAGCUGAACGACCGUCUUCUCGGUGACGUCAGACUCGACGAGUACCAGGAACCCUUUCACGACAAGUACAGGGAACCACCUCACGCCGCCUACUACGGCUACAGCACCGUCGUCAUCGACAGUAAAGACCUUCACGACAACGUUGAACAUUCCGAUGCCACGUACGACUACGCGGUGCCAAUGCCAGUUCCAAGUGUGAGCAGCGACCAGGACAGCGUGUUCUCCAAGUCCUCGUCACGAGGCAGCGCAAAGGCAUGCUUACAGAGCUUCUUCCCGCCACCGCCGCCGCCGAUGUCAGCGCCACCACCCCGAGGUUCCAACAACCUCACGUACUCGAGUCCCCCGAGUCCGGAACCGAUUUCGGAGCGUGAAAGACGGGGAAGCAAACGCAGAGAACACUCGCUUCAUCGCUACGCGUAGAGGAAAAAUUUCGAGGCAUGAGAUGCGGAUCGCCUACGGAUGGUCCCGAAGGACGAAGAAGGAUCUGGACGAGAAUUCGGACGUGACUGACCGAGUGCUGCUCCUCCCUCUCCUCCCCUCUCCUUUUCUCCAAGGAAAGGUAAGGCAUCUACGGUGUGACUUGGAAAGCGUUCUUCGUCGUUUCCCUAGUUUCUGAUCGUGAAAUUUAUCAUCAAUAUGGCGAGAAUCAUUCAAGAAAGACUGACGUCGUAUCAUAAAAUAAUUAGAACGCGCGUAUGAUGAUGGCGUAUAAUUAUGCGCGAUUAUCUUUUAGAAUUUUCUUUCCUCUUCGCUGUGCUGUUUUCAUAUUAUACCUGUAAUAUAGGUAUUUGUAUAGGAAA